UAUAUAAAUAAUAAUAUUCAAGAUGUCGAGUUUUAAAUAAAAAUUAUAAAAAUUAGAAUUUCAUUAUAUUAACCUAUACAAAAUUUUAAAUAUGACGGCCAUAGACGAACAAAAAUUAAAUAUUCUCUCUCAAGAUCUUCUGGUGUACAUAUCACAUCUCGAGGAAUCUUAUAACCACAUAGAAGAAUCGGAGGAGAAAAUAAUCGUGCAGGAAUGGUUAUUUAUGAUCCUCGAACAUUUGCACGACGACUUGGACUCGGCUCGUAUCCGGAACAUGGCGCUAAGUCAAAUGCUGAUGGACAUCGAAAGUAACAAACUUCGUACUCCGUUCAACGAGAGACCGUCCUGCCGAGCUUACGCCGAGCUCGUCGCUUGGUUGAAGACCGUGUUGAAUCAACACUCGUCCUUGGAAAAAGGAGAAGACGAAUUGGAUGAGGAACCCGAACCCGAGAACCGCGAAAUGGAAGUUACUGAAUUUGAAAAUUUGGUUUCUACUGACAAUCGAACCUAUGUGGCUAUCCGCACUUUGCCGAAUAGUGGUGGUGUGUUUGGUUACAUAGCUAUUACAAUGGGCGAUGGAGUAGAACCACAAUGGCUGGACUGCAAUGGCAAGCCGAUAUGUACACCGGUGCCAUUUAAUUUGAGGGUGGCGGAAGUUAAGACAGAUGCCGAGCUAGAAUGUUUAGCGUAUGAUGAGACGGACGCCAAACAGGUGUGGAUGGUUUUGAACAACAGAAAAUCAAUAUGUCUGAGAAACGAAUUUUAUGAUUUCUACAAAACGCUGUACGAAAGCGUCCAACAAGAAAUGGUGGCUGAAGCAGAUACGUGUGUGAUCCGAAAAUGUAAACAUCCGUUCAUUGAUAAGUUACUUGAAUACCUCGUGGUCGACUUGAAAGCUAUUGGUAUGACU